AUGCAAAGAAUCGAAGGCUUAUCUAAUCGUAAAAAACGAUCUUCAGAUUUUGAAAAUAAAUACAGAGACGGCAAUAAUGUCACGUCAACCUUAACUAUCGAAUUGGCGGUGUUCUUGGAUGCGGCGGCCUACGGCCUCUUUCUGCCCCGGGUCGCGAUCAACGAGGACCGACUCCUGGAGCUCCUACUCGCCUACAUCAACAACAUUCAGGCGCUCUACCAUCACCCGAGCCUAGGUCGGCGCAUCGACCUGAGGCUCGUGCGACUCGAGCUGAUGGAACGACAGCCCGAGGAGCUCGCCCACUUGGAUGGGGAGCGCGCCCAGCUACUGGAUACUUUUUGCGGCUACUCGAAGGCGAACAAUCCGCACGGAGAUGAGGACCCACGGCACUGGGACCUCGCCCUCUACCUCUCCGGCCUCGAUUUCUAUGCCCUCGAGGAUGGCAAGCGAAACCCCGUGACGAUGGGCCUGGCGCCCGUGGGAGGCGUCUGCUGGCCCGAGUAUUCGUGCGUCAUCGCCGAGUUCGGGGUGAGCAAUCGCUUCGGGAAGCCUUAUCCGUCGGCUGGAUUCACCUCGAUCUACAUAGCCGCUCACGAGAUCGCUCACAACUUAGGUAUGCAGCACGACUCGACGGGCAACGACUGUCCCCGGGACGGCUACAUUAUGUCCCCGAGUCGGGGCACCGAGGGCGAGUCGCAGUGGUCGAGCUGCAGCCGCCUCGUGGCCUCGAGCCUCGCCACGAGCAAGGCCUGCCUCCUGGAUGGCUCGGACGAGCCGGUGGACCAUCGCCUCGAGCACGAGGGCCGAUACGGGAGUCGGCCCGGCAGGACUUGGACGGCCAAGCACCAGUGCGAGCUGCUGCUACGCGACCGGGAGGCCGUGGCCGAUAGCCUCGAGGAGAUCUGCCGCGCCUUGAGGUGCCGGAGCCCUUCAAGGACGGGCUUCUAUUUGGCGGGGCCCGCCCUCGACGGGACCAAGUGCAGCGAGAUGGGAGCCGAAUGCACAGCUGGCGAGUGCUUGGCCCGCGAGGAGGAAUGGCAGCAGAUCGGGGAGCAUACGAUGACGACGUCGCCGGGUCCUCGGGGCUGGAGCGCCUGGAUCGAGGGCAAAUGCGAGAGCGGCUGCAUCCGGGGCUCCCUCGGCUACGUCGAGCGCAAGCGCACCUGUCACGGCGAGGAGGCCUGUCCGGGGCUAAGCUUCGACGGCAGGCUCUGUAAGGACGGCAGGAUCUGCGAGAAGAGUCAGCGCAAGCGGCUGAGCAUCGAGGAGUUCGCUGGUAAGCGCUGCCUCGAGUACAAGAGCCACGUGGCUGAUAUUGACGGAGCCGCGGGUGGACUCCAAGCCAGCCACGAGGAAUCUCGACCCUGGGUCGCCUGCGCCGUCUUCUGCAAGACGAGGAACGCCCUCUCUUACUACUCGCCGAGACUUGAGCUCAACGACCUGGGCAUCAACCCGUACUUCCCCGACGGCACCUGGUGCCACAAGGACGAGCGCGGCGAAAACUACUUCUGCAGACGGCAUCACUGUCUCCCCGAGACCUUUAGGUUCGGUAAGGAGCUGCUCGUCGACGAGGAAGAAGAGAAGUUGGAGAAACGACUGGGGGCGAUGAAUGCGGGACCCGGGGAUUGGCGACCGCCCCUCGAUCUCCGGCGCUACUUUGGCCUGGGCCUGGACGGGAAGCCGCUGCUUACGAGCCUUGAGUCGCGGCUUCUCGAGGAUGCGACGCCACCAAAGGACGGCGAGUCAUGGCUCGACAACAAGGACUACAUCGAGCUGCCGCUGGACUACCUCCUUCGUCAUCGGCAGACCCACGCGGUCCCCGUCUGA